AUGCAGCUCCAGCGCUCUGCACAGGCAGCAGUGGAGGACAGUGAUCAGAUCUUUACUGAGCUGAUCCGCUCCAUUGAGAGAAGGAGCUCUGAGGUGAAGGAGCUGAUCAGAGCCCAAGAGAAGGCUCAAGUGAGUCAAGCUGAAGGACUCCUGGAGCAACUGAAGCAGGAGAUAGCUGAGCUGAGGAAGAGAAGCACUGAGCUGGAGCAGCUCUCACACACAGAGGAUCACAUCCAUUUCCUCCAGAGUUAUCAGUCUCUCUCCAGUAUCAGUGUAUCUUCAGACUUACCCAGCAUCGUUGUCCGUCCUCUUCAGUACUUUGGAGAUGUGAGUAAGACUGUGUCUGAACUGAGAGAGAAACUAGAAGACUUCCUUAAAGGAGAAUGGACCAAGAUCUCCACUACAGUGAAUAUAGUGGAUGUUGUACUGCCUCCAGAGCCCAAGACCAGAGAACAGUUGUUACAAUAUUCCUGUCAGCUCACACUGGACCCUAACACAGCAAACACACUCCUCUCUCUGUCUAAAGGGAACAGAAAGGUGACCUAUACAGACCAAGUCCAACGAUAUCCUGACCAUCCAGACAGAUUCACCAACAACUACUGUCGGGUUCUGUGUAGAGAGGGUCUGUCUGGACGCUGUUACUGGGAGGUGGAGUGGACUGGUAAUGUUUAUACAGCAGUCUCAUAUAAAGACAUCAGCAGAACAGGGAGAGAUAGUGGAUUUGGACACAAUAACAAGUCCUGGAGUUUAAGGUGCUCUAGAGGUGGUUAUUGUUUCAGACACAAUAAUGUUGAGACUAAAGUAUCAGGCCCUCAGUCCUCCAGAGUAGGAGUGUACCUGGAUCACAAGGCAGGUACUCUGUCCUUCUACAGUGUCUCUGACACAAUGACCCUCCUCCACAGAGUCCAGACCACAUUCACUCAGACCCUCUAUCCUGGGUUUUAUCUCUAUUUAGGAGGUAGUGCUGAGCUGGUUAAACUGUAGUAGGGUCCACAUAGAUACUAGUCAUGUUGGUGUAGUCUAUAGCUGAGCUGGUUAAACUGUAGUAGGGUCCACAUAGAUACUAGUCAUGUUGGUGUAGUCUAUAGCUGAGCUGGUUAAACUGUAGUAGGGUCCACAUAGAUACUAGUCAUGCUGGUGUAGUCUAUAGCUGAGCUGGUUAAACUGUAGUAGGGUCCACAUAGAUACUAGUCAUGCUGGUGUAGUCUAUAGCUGAGCUGGUUAAACUGUAGUAGGGUCCACAUAGAUACUAGUCAUGCUGGUGUUGUCUAUAGCUGAGCUGGUUAAACUGUAGUAGGGUCCACAUAGAUACUAGUCAUGCUGGUGUAGUCUAUAGCUGAGCUGGUUAAAUUGUAGUAGGGUCCACAUAGAUACUAGUCAUGCUGGUGUUGAUGGUCCCCAGAUGUGAUGAUUCAUUCUGCUCUGUUUUAUCUACAAUGAUUUAACUGAUUAGAUCUUCAGAAGAUGUUAUGAAUUAAAAUUCAAUGUAUUCAUAUUUUUGUAAUUGCAAUGUUUUAAUCUUGUACAUUUACAUGAAUCUUGAUGUCUGGUGUUGAUGUAUAUUGGUUGUCAUUCAGAACCAUUGAUAUGUUUUCUCAGUUGGUUCUCUGUCUCUAUGUAAUUCUCCUCAGUAUCAUUGAUCAGCUUGUUGGUCCUAAUUGAUGUGUUCUCUGUCACCUGGAGCUGCAUGGAAAAUGGUCCAGGAACUAAAGGACAAUUCAGGACUAGUCAGCCCACUACAAGCUGGUAUCACUUACUUUCUACUAAACUCUAUGGACUGGUUUCCCAGACACAGAUUAAUCCUAGUCCUGGACUAAAAAGUAUGUUCAAUGUAGAUGUCCAGGAAACCGGCCCUAAAUGUGUCAUCUUUCAUCCUCCCAUACUGCUCAGUCCAGCAACAUUAAACCUGUCCAGCAGGUGGUGCUGUUGACCAAACAAUAAAACCAGCAGAUAUCUUGACUUGCCACUCAGUAUAUCAGUAAUGUUCAGAAUAGUACUUUAAUAUCAUUGGAGAUUGAUGGUCUUUUUAAUCCACUAUCCAGAGUCAGGAACAGAUGAAGUUAGGUCUGCUACUGUUCAGUGAUUAAAUAUGAUUUAUGGUGAUGGGAAAUAAUAAAAAACACUAAACUUCA